AUGAUGGUCACUGCACGAAGCCCCUGGGGCUGCUUCCUGGCGUACCUCAUCCUCGAGGUCACAGGAGCCUCGGCCUCAAGUGUCAGCAGCCGGAUCAUACAAGGCCAGGACUGCCUCCCACACUCGCAGCCCUGGCAGGCGGCCCUGUUCUCAGAAGACAAUGGUUUUUUCUGCUCGGGCGUCCUGGUGCAUCCGCAGUGGGUGCUGUCAGCAGCACACUGCAUACAGGACGCCUACAUGGUCGGACUGGGCCUGCACAACCUGGAAGCCUCCCGAGAGCCUGGUAGCCGGAUGUUAGAGGCCCACCUCUCCAUCCAACACCCGAACUACAAUGAUCCUUCUUUUGCCAACGACCUCAUGCUCAUCAAGCUGAACGAAUCAGUGGUGGAGUCUAACACCAUCAGGCGCAUCCCUGUGGCGACCCGGUGCCCCACUCCUGGGGAUACCUGCCUAGUCUCUGGUUGGGGUCAGCUAAAGAACGGGAAACAGCCCAGCCUCCUGCAGUGUGUGAAUCUCUCGGUGGCAUCAGAGAAGACUUGCAGGCUGCUGUACGACUCUGUGUACCACCUCAGUAUGUUCUGCGCUGGAGGAGGACAGGACCGAAAGGACUCGUGCAAUGGGGACUCCGGGGGUCCCAUAGUGUGCAACAGAUCCCUACAAGGGCUCGUGUCUAUGGGACAAGGAGAGUGUGGGCAGCCUGGCGUACCAAGCGUCUACACCAAUCUCUGCAAGUUCACUGACUGGAUCCAGACCACCAUUCUGACAAGCUAG